AUGGGCUUCAAAUUCACCCUUUUGUGUGAUCUGCUGUCCAACCUGGACGACAGCAAAACGGUCAAGGCAUCCACGGCAGCCAGGAACCAGAAUCCAGACAUUAGAACAGUCGCCCAGUGGUUUUCUCGACAUGAACGGGCCAUUCAUCAUGCGGAAACAGACAGAGUCGCGUUACUUUCGUGCAUGUUCCCCGAAAAACGAACGGACCGAGUAUACUGGCUGCAAGCCAUGCAGCUAUCAAGAGUCAUCGGACGCUGCUUGGGUUUGGGAUCGUCGCGACUUUCCGAACUCAAUCGAUGGCAAACUCACUGUGGCUUUGAUCUCGGAGGAUGUGUCGAAAACGUCAUGCGACAAGCCGAGAAUUACAUUCCGGCAGGCCAGGAGUUGACAGUAGAAGAAAUCGAUCGCGCCAUGGCUAUGAUUGCAUCCCGGUGCCGCUUCUCUGGCCCUCUGGCCCGCCGGAAUCGUACAGCUGUGGAUGUUGACGAAAUUCUAACGAAAUUAUACCGUCGAUCAAGUAGCCGAGAUGCCAAAUGGCUCACUCGCAUGAUUCUCAAAAGCUACUCUCCUGUCGUUUUUCCAGAACAGUAUACACUGGGGAAAUUUCACUUUCUCCUUCCACAUCUGCUCAAGUUUCAGAACUCCUUUGAAGGGGCGUUGGACAUGCUCGCUUCCGACCCAAUAAACCACUUCCCUCCAAACCCGGAUCCCCAAUCAGCCAGAAGUCUUAGCACGAUUGCUCUAAAGCAUAUGCACCCUCGUCCUGGUAUUAAGGUGGGGCGACCUGAUUAUUACAAAGCCCGGAGUAUCAAACAUUGUCAUCAAAUGGCCAACGGUCGACGAAUGAGCAUUGAACGGAAAUACGAUGGUGAAUACUGUCAGAUCCACGUCGACCUCUCUAAUAAGUAUACCCCCAUUCAGAUCUUCUCCAAAAGUGGCAAGGACUCGACCGCAGAUAAAGAUAAGAUCAUACCUGUGAUAGAAGAAUCUCUCCGCACUGGAUUUCCCGACUGCAAAUUUGCGCACCGCUGUAUCGUUGAGGGAGAACUGCUUGUAUGGAACGAUCAGGAUGGUGGCCUUAUGGACUUCAACAAAAUUCGAAGGUUUAUUCCACGAUCUGGUAUUAUGAUUGGCGUUGAUAAUGAUUCUCCGCCGCAGCCGUACGAGCACUUGAUGAUCAUGUUCUUUGACAUUCUUCUCCUUGACAACGACGUAUGUCUUGCCAAGCCUCAUCGGGAAAGACGACUACUCUUACAGAAAGUUGUGAAGACCAUCCCUGGCUGGGCGGAGCUCGCCCGUCAGGAAGUUCUGGACUUCAACCGAGUUGAUAGUUAUCAUCGGCUCGAGAAGAGUUUUGAGAAAGCAAUUACUCAGCAAUGGGAGGGAUAUGUCUUGAAGGCUUCCGACGAGCCUUAUUUUCCGAUAUACUCUACUGGUGUGGAUCAUAUGUUUGGCCGGUGGAUCAAACUCAAGAAAGAUUAUAUACCGGGCCUUGGAGACACAUUAGACGUUGCCCUGGUCGGCGCCAGCUACAACGCACGGGACGCUCCUGAUCUGGGACAAAUAAAAGGGCUGAAAUGGACUCAGUUUUUUGUAGGCUGCCUUCUGAACCCAGAGCACGUCAAAGAGGGCAACGCUUUGCCGCGUUUCCGAAUUGUUGAUGUGGUUGGCCGACACUCCAUGAACAUUCAGACCAUGCAAACCCUCAACCAAGAGGGCGAGUUUUAUGCACGUCAACCUGAAACGUUCGAAGGCUUUCACAUUGAUUACGGACACAACGCCCUUCCCACUGCAACCACCUUGUUCAAGCAUCCAUUCAUCGUUGAAAUGCUGGGUAGUGGAUUUGAAAAGCCGUCCGGUGCGAGAUACUUCACACUUCGAUUUCCUCGGAUCUUGAAGAUACACUCGGAUAGAACGCUGGAAGAGUGUACCUCUUUCCAUGAACUGCUGACUGCAGCAGAGCAUGCCCGGGCCGCGCCUGUGGAUGAACUAGAAGAACGCGAGAAAUGGUCCAAACGCCUCAAGGUUGGGAGUGGAUUCAAUCAAUAUAUUGUGCGAUCACCAAGCCCAGAAGCGACUUGUUCAGACACCGACGAGGAGACAAAUUCCACGUCAUCCCAGAUCCCACAAGCCACCACUGCUUCUGAAGAAAGUUUCAUGGAUGUAUGUCCAUUGAUGGGAGGCCUGGAUGGAGAUCCAAUAGGGAAAGGCAGCCACGAUCGAUCAUACAAUGACCGUCCACUGUCCCCUUUAGUCUACAUCAAUGAGACAAUACUUCCCGUGGAAGAUAAGAAUCCUCUUCCUGGGAUCAGUAUACUCGUGGACAAGGAGAAUCUACCGUCUCGUCAAAACUACAGUCAGAAUGAUGGAAAUAUCGCAUCGCAGGAAUUACAAGAGACACAAGAACGGCAUUUGGAAAGACUAUUGGUGCCUGUACCAUCCCAGCAGAAACGCAAGAUGUCACCCCAAUCCCCUUUAACAACAAUCCCCAUAUGGACGCCUGAGACCUCCCUGGGGAGUUUUACACUUCCCCGAAUUGAUGAAAAGUCCAGCAAUGAGCGCGAGUCUUGUGAUUUGGUUGAAUUCGUUCGAUAUCUCUGCUGCGAUGGAUCCGCUUCUUCUCUCCAACAAUCAAACCCCUAUGCCGCAUCACAGGGGACAGUAUUUGGCAUUGUCCUGUUUGAUCCGAAAGGAACUCAGCUAGGCAAAGAAAUGCACCGUCUCGCCACAACCCUUUCUACGUUCGUCCACACUGGAACAAGUCGAGUCCCGUCUAUGGGAAGCAUAUUCUUUUUGGGCCCAAGUAUGUUGCACCGUGAUCUACGUCCCGAUGACCUUCGUUUCUGCCUGCGUGAUACGUGGACGGGCAUUGGACGUGAUCAUUUCUACGGGUGUCUUUCGUGGGAUCUCAGCAAGCGAUGUGAUGGUAUAUCCAUCGCACAAGAUGAGCUCCACUCUGGAUCGAAUCGCUGUGGUUAUGACAUGACAUCAGAGCCUGCGCGCUCUGUACCAAGGACCCCAUGGAUUGAGAUGACCUUUGAUGAAACCGCCAUUGCUAUAUUGGGCGAGUAUAUCUCGAUCGAACCUCUAGCUCAUUUUUUGUAUAAGUGA